CAUGAGCAAGGCUACCGAAAGGGUUAAGCGUGUGUCCCCAGUGACCCUGCGGGGGCUGAAGAGGAGCCGAGCUGGGAGGGGGGCAUUCAUAGCCAGCAGCUUGGAGGGUCGGGGAAUGGUCAGGCCCAGAGCAGCGAGGAGGGCAGGGACCGGCGGUGGAGGGAAGGAAAGGAAGGUCAAGGCGGGGAGUGGACUGGAAAGGAGGUGAGGCUAUUCUCUCGGGCCCAGCCCCUUGUUGUUCCACGCGAGGGCAAUCCGCGCUCGACGGCGCGGCCGCGCUGUACUGUACCCCUUGUUCUCCCGCGGCGGCAGCAGAAGCUGCGCCCCCCAGUGCCCGCAAGUGGGCGGCGCCAGGCACACAUCCCAGCUCCUUGGACUGGUAUAGAGAAAACAUUCCACACAUUUUGCAUCCAAGUGGACAAAGGACAGAAGCCAUUGCAGAGGCCAGCUGCUCUCCCAAAGCAGUGUGGGACACGGUGCCUAUGAAGCGAACCUCUUGAGAACCUUUGGAGUCCUUCUGAGCUUGCCCAGGACUUGUGAUUGUGCUGUGCAUUUGAUCUACUAAGAUGGCCCUGCAAAAUCUCACUCAACCUCAAUAUCAGCUGCCUCCCACUGAUCCAAGUGGUAGCCUGCAAGGCCUCUUUGGUAUGGUGCACUCCUUCCUAGGGAUGGUGCAACCCAACACUUUCCCAAAAGAUCUUAUAACUCGCUUGUACAAUCGUGAGAAUGUUACUAAUCCAGAGGUAUACAAAGAGGUACUCUUAUAUGAGGCGGGAUACCUGGUUUGCAUCAUCAUUGGGCUUCUCUUCAUCAUCCUCGUGCCCCUGGUGGGCUUGUGCUUCUGCUGCUGCCGCUGCUGCUGUAAGAGCUGUGGAGGCUUCAUGUACCAGAAGCAGACCAAGAACACUGACUGCAAGAGGCAGGCACUCUUUGUGUCAGUGCUGGCUGUCACUACCAUUCUUCUGGCUGGGGACGUCUGUGCAUAUGUCAGCAAUCAUCGCAUGUCCCAGGUUAUAGGUAAAAGCUUCAGCACUUUGAACAAUACUGUGGACAACCUGGACACUUUCCUGAAUUCCAUCCCUCAGGAGAUUGACUUCAUCGUCGAUUCCAGCAGUGUGCCCAUUAAUGAAGCCAAUGAGAGCCUUCUGGACAUUGGACAAACGUUAGGAGCCAAAAUCCUGACUCAGCUAGGUAGAGGAGCAAAUACAGCCUUGGACAAGGCGGAAAAGCUUCUCGGAGUGAUUGGCAAAAUGGAACAGGAACUCCAGACAAUCAACAAGUCAAGCAGUCACUUGCAGCAGCUGCAGAAGGAGCUGGCCGAAAACCUGACCACUCUGGGGAAGGCCAUCAACAAAACUUUGCAGGACUGUGGCCCACCUUGCCAAAAUGUCUCAGUGGGCAAGCUGGAGCCUGGGGCCAAUUUCAGCAUGGUUCCUGAUCUCAGCCGCCCACUUCAGCUGAUCACAAAUUUGACAAGCUCGAACCCCAAUGCCACUAUUGCAGAGGCAAGAAAAGCCCUAGAAGAUAUACCAGAGAAGGUCUCUAACCAAACACAGAAGGUGGUGUCUGAUGCACAAGGUCAUCUGCGUCGUCUCAAGCAAGAGAUUGGCAAAAUCCGCAGCAACUUCUCCAUACUGAGCAACAUUAAGAAUAUCACUAAAUUUCUGGAUGACCUCACCAAGGAUGCGAGUUCCUAUGAGCCAGUUAUCGUCAAAUUUAAUGGCUACAGGUGGAUUGUCUGCUUAAUCCUCUGCUGCCUGGUGCUCCUGAUAAUUAUAUGCAAUGUGUUGGGCCUGCUGUGCGGGCCCCUUGGGCUAAAUCCACGGGUGCUGCCUACCAAGCGGAGCUGCCUCUCCAACUCUGGUGGAGACUUCCUUAUGGCGGGUGUUGGGUUCAGCUUUAUCUUUUCAUGGCUGCUGAUGACAGUGGUUCUGCUGACGUUUUUCAUAGGAGGCAAUAUGUACACACUACUGUGCCGGUCCUGGGCUAGUGGGCGUCUCCUUCAGUUCCUGGAAACACCAGGGUUGUUUCCAGAUUUAAACCCAGCGCAGCUCCUGCACCUGAAUUCUUCUGAGGUGACCCUGUCUAGUCUCUACAAUAACUGCUCAAACAAUGCCCCUCUGUGGAGCACCCUUCACCUGGAUGAGGUCUAUCCUCUAGAUGGGACACUCAACAUCAGCGAGUUCACAAAGGACUUUGACUCAGCCCUGAAUAAACUUAAUGUCAGUGUGAACACACCUGAUCUCCUGAGUGAUAAGCAGAAAAGUCUCCUGCAGGAUCUGGGCAAGAAGGAAGGGUUGCUGGAUCUGAACUUUACCAGCGCUCUGGAAGAACUCAACAAAGGCUGGAUGCAAGAGGACCUGACUGCUUUAGCUGAGAAGCUAGAGAAACUGGCAAAUCAGUCCGGAAUUGACAGCACAACCAGAGAUCAGCUGCGUGCUCAUGCCACUGAGCUUAGAAAUAUCCAGAGUACUGCUGACUCCAGUUUUCAUCCUGAGAUUGAAAUCCUGAAAACCAGCAUCCUAAGCCUACAGGAAUCCAUCUCUAAUGUUUCGGGACUGGUGAACUCCACAUUAACAGCAGUAGAGGAAGCACAAAGAUUUAUGACGCAGAAGGCAACAGAAGUUGUCAAGAAUGAGAGCUCAGCUUUUGUGCACUUGUUGCUGGGUUUCUUUGAGUCGUAUCUGGACUGGGCCAAGAGCAUUAUAAGAGGGCAAAUGGCCCGCUGUGGCCCUGUGGCCUGGACCUUGGACAGCGUGCAUACCAUUGUCUGCAAUUACACUAUUGAUUCUUUGAAUGCCUUCUGGUUCAGUCUGGGGUGGUGCACCAUCUUCCUGCUGCCAAGCAUCAUCUUGGCUGUGCGACUUGCCAAGUUUUACCGCAGGAUGCGUGUGGCUGACCUCUACGAGGACGAGGAAAUGAUGGAACUGUCAACAACAUCAAAUAUGUUCCAAAUGCCUCGAGCAAAGCUGAGGAAGUAGUGGCUCCUUUUCCACCUUCCAUCUCCGAGUAGCACUGAGGAUGACUCAUUAAUGUCUGUUCAGCUCCUGGACUUCUCUUGCCAGUUUUGAUCACCACUCAGCAGCAAAUUCUCCCUGGACAAGACUAUGAGGGUAGCAGGGUUAUUUCCUGCAGAAGAGACUGCUGUGAAUCACUGUACUCACUCACAAGUCCUGUUACACAAAUGUGCAGGCCUGGCUGUGUUCCCAGUAGAGUCUCUCUCUCUCUACAAUAUUCACUGUAGAAUACUGUAAACUUGCAUUCCCUGCACUAUGUUCUUGCUACAAAGCCAUGAUCUUGCCACUGGGACUGCAACUUCUUGCACUGCAGCAUGGCUGUGGGGUUUGCAUAUGUGUGCCUUUAAGCCUCAGUGCCUGGCAUGUUUUAAAUGCCUGUGGAUGACGUGAAUUGACUGGCCAUUUCUGACCAUAGUGAUGUAGAAAGUUGUUGGUGCAAUUACCUCAUCCGGAAGAGAUGAAAUAACGCUAUUUGUAUGUGAGUGCGCAUGUGUGUGUACCCCCUUCCCCCUCAGAAGGGCAUUGGAUUGGAGGAGACUCUGGGCUAGGAAGAGUUUAACUGUCAAUCAUGAGCACUGAGCAUCCCAGGAAGCAUCCUACAGAGUAGCAUGGCAAUUGCCUCUCUACAGUUGGGCCCAUUUCCACCUUGUGUAGUUCUGUUGUUCUAAACUAGAAACUGUGGCCUUCCAAUGUAUGUGUUAGAUCUACACAGUGCAUAUUCUGGAUCCUUUAAGGCAGGGAUUCCCAACCUGUGGUACUCCAGAUGUUGCUGAAUUACAACUCCCAUCACCCCCAGCUACAAUUUAUUGUAGGAUAAAUGCACUACAAUAGGAGUUGUAGUUCAGCAACAUCUGGACUACCAAUAGUUGAGAGCUCGUGCCUUAAAGCAUGACUCUUAUGUACUAAGAUGUUGAGAAUGGACUCUUGCUUUGAAAUUUAAGUACAUGUUCAGGCUUAGAUGUGCCUUAUUCGACCAGAUCACAAUCCUCUCUGCAAGAAUCCUAGUAAUCAGCAGGUAGCCCACCAGAUGUUAGUCAUUGGUCAGUACCCACUGCUGCUCUAGAGUCCAGGACUGGCUCCUUUCUUCACGGUGUGAGCCAUUCCUAAAAACUACUGCAUAGUUCUCACUCUUUGUAUUGGGAAUGCACAUUUUGCUUUAGGCUCUGCCACAGUCAGCACUUUGUCACAUUUCAUUUUCUCCCUUGCUGUCCCAGUAGGUAUCUCAUGUGUAUUCUACACCCAUGUUUCCUUCCCUGUCAAUGUCUGAGGCAUUGGCAUUUUAGAGUUUUACCAAAAAAAUAGUGAAUUUAUGCAAGUACACCAAUACCUUUCCCAAUAAAUCAAAUGCAUUGUGCCAAAAGUGUUCUCUCUUUUCCAAAAGAGGAGGAGCAGGGGAGAACUCUGUGAUUCAGGAGUCCCCAACCUUGGCUUCUCAAAUGUUUCUGGAUUACAGUUCCUAUCAUACCCAGCCACAAUAGCCAAAGGCCACUGGGGAUGAUGGGAGUUGUAGUCCAACAUCACCUUGGGACCCCUGCUCUAAUAGAAUCAGAAGUGGCUUAAAUCAGGAGGGAAAAGUGACAAGUUAUUUUCAAAGGCUCCAGUAAUAAGAUGGGGCAUUAACAGUGGUCCAUAAAUAGUCAGAUGAGUGUACAUUUUUCACUUCCUCCAGAUCAAUAGCAGUCUCAAUUGUGUGCAUCCUUUUGGUGAGAAAACAUAGCAGGAAUCCAAAACAGGUUGCAGGUACUGAGAUGCACUGCACCUCCUCCUUGCAUAAGCAGUAGAUUGUGCAACAUUACUAGAAAUGCUGACCUGGAUGUAAUCUUGGAAUAUAUUGAACCACUGGAAGUCAUGAGUUUAGGUAGGUAGAUAGAUAUCUUCAUUUUGGUCACUGACCAACAAUAUUAGUUUAGGUAUGUCUGUUAUUUCAGUGAUUUCUUGGUUGGAAAAAAAUUAUCUCCUCCACCCUGUUAUUGUUUCUUAUACACUACAAAUCAGAUUCCUAGCAUUGUAAAUAAAAUGUUUAUGUACUUUC